AUGGGCUCCAGACCAAAGGCAACAAGGAAGAAAUCAGAGGAGAAGCCAAAGCUCAUUGAACCAGCAAAGGAACCUGAGCCCGAAUCAGAGCCAGAAACUGUACCUGUACCUGUACCUGCCCCGGAGCCUCCUGCUGAUUUGCUUGUGGACAUGCCUGAAGCGCCUGAGCCGCCUGUCAUUGACGAGCCAGCCGCUCCAGCCGCGCCGCCACCUAAAAGCACAUCCAAGACCAAGUCAUCUGCCAAGCUCUCGGUUGCGGAGCGCAUCAAAGCUCUCGAGCAAGCCAAAAAAGAGAGGCUGAAGGAGAAAGCAAAAGCUAAAGAGACCGCACCACCACCGGAACCCCUUCAGGAAGAACCUGCCGUAGAGAUCCCGCCUGAACCUGUCGAAGAGCCCAAGAUUUCUCGGGAGUCUGUGCCGGGAAGCUUCCCAGACGCUUUUGAGGACGACUUCCAGGAGCCUCCACCUCCUGCUCCCGAACCCGAGCCGGAGCCAUCGCCUGAUCCACCGCGUGAGCCUGAACCAGAGCCAGAGCCAGAGCCGGCUCCGGCUCCGACUCCUUUGUCCAAAAAAGCCGAGAAGAAGAAAAAGAAGAAGGUACAACUCUCAAAGACUGAGAAAAAGAAGAAAAAGAAGGCCAAGGCAGUCGAACCAGAACCCGCACCACCGGAACCUGAACCUGUUCCUGAGCCCGAGCAGCAACCGGAGCCUCAGCCAGAGCCAGAGCGGGCGCUUGAGCCCGAGCCCGAGCCCGAGCCUGCUGAUGAGCCUGUAGAGCCGCCUGCCCAGGAGUUAAAGACCACUAAGAAAAUUAAGAAAAGCUCCAAGUCCAGAAAGGCUGAAGCAACUAUGGAGGUGCCCCCAGCUGAAGAUGUACCCGCUGAAGCGCCUGGUGCAGAUGCUGGUGGUCCGCCUACUCCUCCACCGGAGCCCGCGGCACCAGAAAGAUCAGCGAAGAAAGAGCGUGCUCGAGUUGAGCGAACUCCAGGUGUUACUUCAUGGGGCUUCUGGGGUGCUACUCCCACUUCUAGGAAAUCAGCCCAUAAGGAGGUCAGGUCUAGCCGAAGGGAGCCUUCACCCGGCGGAGUCGUACGGUCAAAGUCCACCAGACAUUCAAGGCGAAAGGAGGUGCCUUAUGAGGCGGAGAAGUCCUCUGGUUCUGACAGAGACAAACGACGAGGAAGCAAAGAGGACCGAGCGACAGCCUUCUCCAACUUCAUCCUUGGCGGUCCGCCUGCGCCGACCAGAACGAAGUCGUCACGUAGACAUGGGGCGUCCGCAUCUAAGCAGGCAUCUAGGCGGCCGUCCAUCGACAUGAAUGAGGCCGCAUUCCCGACACCUCCACCAGACGAGAGAUUUGAAGUGUCGGACAAAGCAGCGAGGAUGAUGGGAGUUGGUGCAUCGAGGCACAGGGAAAGACCGCGUGGGACGCGGAGAAGAUCCAGCGUGCGUGAUCCGUACGCCAUUGAUGACGAUAUUGUUGUGGUCGAUCGGGAUGAGGUAGACGGCCAUUCACCGAAGGAAGACUCGAGAGAAUCCCGGGACUCCAGAAAAAGAUCCAGUAGAAAGUCGCGGUCCAGAGCCUAUGAAUUUCAGGAUGAUGCGGUUAUGGUCGAGCCAGAUCAAACCCACCAAGGGCCAGAUGUAGUGUCGGGUCCGGAUGAUCUGGCAUUCGUGGAAGCACCGAGGGAACGACGCGUAAAGCGCUCUAGUACCUUGCCGAAAAAACAAGACACUGGUGGUUUCAUGGGUCUCCUCGACUCGCUGCGAAGGAACACACGUCCUGAAAUGCCAGAUCGUCGGAAAUCUCGCUCUUACCGUGAUGAAGAUGCAAGGUACAUGACGGAACCAGAGCGAGACGAGGGCCGACGCUUGAGGCGAGAAGAAAGGAGGCACCGCUCCAUGAAACCUGAUAUCGACGCCGAAGGCUUCGUUACCGAUGGCGGGCCAGUCGGAGGCAUAGCAGGCGCAGAAGUGGAGGAAGCCGAGGCUAGGAGAGCGGCACGUCGAUCACACCGCACAUCACGCCAUGCGCCUUCUGCUCAGUAUCGGGAGGAUGAGACUCGAGAAGCCGAAGAAAGACGGGCCAGGCGGAAAGAGCGAGAACAAGCUCGCGAGCGCGAGAUGUACGAGAGGCAAAUCCGAGAAGACGAAGAGAGAGAAACAAGACGUCGAGAGGAAAGGCGAGCCCGACAAGCGGCUCGCGAAGCACAGCGUGCCAAGGAGGAACAAGAGGCCAGGGAGGCAGAAGCUCGCGCUGAAGCUAAAGCUGCAGAACGGCGGGAACGGAGAAGACAGCGGGAGGCAGAGAUGCUUGAAAAUCCAGCAUACAAUUCAGGAUCCAGGCGGCGCCCUCCACGUGCUUUUGAGAGGGCACCGGAAGAUUACUAUCAUGACCACCGUCAUGAUGUGGAACAAAGACCUCGACGGUCUCACCGAUCCGGAGACGAAGGCGAGAAAUCGAGACGGCGAAGGUCGAGAGCCCCGGAGCCGGUCAGACCUCCCCCUAUGAUGUCUGGGGCUCGGAGGGAUAAGACCACGACCUGGGUCGAUUCGCAGGCGGUUAAUCCUCCUGAACCCCCUCCAAUUGUGCCAACAGUGCUCGAUGUGCCACUUCCUCCGGGCGACCAAAACGCACACUCCAUCUCAUCGGACGAGGAGGCGCGACGUGCUUUGCGCCGCCGGGCUCGCCGCCGGGCCAGAUACCCGGGCCUCAACGAUGAUGAGAUCGAAGAGCUGCGCGCAAGGAAGCGCGAAGCUCGCCGAUCUGACCGUGCGAAAAGCAGCUCUGGCAGUGGAGAUUAUGAGCGGGACCGUGGGAUGAGGUCGUACGACGGCCGCUAUCCUCCUGUGCCGCCGCCUAGCUCUGGCGCAAAGAUGUCCAGUUGGUUCAAGAAACUGACCAAUCUAUAA